UCGUCUGGAGAGCGGACAGUUCACUGCGGAAACCGUGAGAUAAUACCAAGAACAAUGAAAGCACUGGCGAUAGCGACAAUUAUGGCUGUGGUUCUGACGAUGGCAUUAUCAGCUCCGGAACCUUCGCAUUCCCACGGAAAUCGGAAAAAAGACAGAAAUAUCUUCGAGAAGAUCUUCCACCCUCAACCACGCAACAUAAUCCAACAGAUAUUCCACCCUCAACCACGCAACAUAAUCCAACAGAUCUUCCACCCUCAACCACGCAACAUUUUCGAGCAAGUUUUCAACCCCAACCCUCAACCACGCAACAUAAUCGAGCAGAUCUUCAACCCUCAACCACGCAACAUAAUCGAGCAAGUUUUUAACCCCAACCCUCAACCACGCAACAUCAUAGAGCAGAUUUUCAACCCCCGCGGGUAACCGACCUGCUACAACCGUGACUCAUCGGUUAUAACCAGGAAUAAAAAAUUUAAAAUUACGGGUUGUACAGGAAGAAUUUUAGACGCUUGGAUUGAAUCGUAUUGUGUAUUAGAUGUAGAUGAUUUUUGACGACCAAUUUUCCAAAACAAAAUUCGACUUGUGUUUUUUUGUUAUAAAUUAAUGAAAUUGACAAUGAAUUUACAAGUGAAAUUGACAAGGAAAGUUAGGAUAUAAUUACUCAAAUUAAAUGUUACUCAGAAUGUUCAAGAUAAUUUAUUAAAUUUUCAGUCGCAGCUCAAAAUUGAGCGAAUAUCGGG